AUGGCCUCGGCUCCAUCGUCAUCAAAUUUGCCGUAUUCGCACGUCCGUCGUCAUGAAGACGUACCAACACCAAGUGCACCGCCAACCAAACGAUGCAAUAUUCAAUCACAACCGCCAGAAAGCUACGAACCUAACACCUGGCUUCAACAACAGAUGGAGCACGAGCAGCAGAAAAAGUUAGCUGAAGAGGCUGAGAAGCAGAGUUCCGGAACAACGAAUAAUGACGGGGAGGAGGAAGAGGAUGUUCUCUCGAAACCCUGUGGUCCUCACAAUAGAAGAUUCAAUUUCGUUAUGGUCCGUAAUAUCACUUUUGCUAUCCCAGAAGGUUAUGAUGUGGAUGGGACCAACAUCGAAUACUUGGGUGGAGGCUCAUUCGGAAAUGUAAUAAAAACAAGUGCAGUGUGCCGUGACGGCAUGCGUCGUUGGGUAGCCAUCAAAAAGAUGCGAGAGCCUUUCUUCGAUCCUCAUCAUGCUCGUCGCAUUUUUCGAGAGAUCAAAUUGCUUCAAUUAAUGCGACACGACAAUAUCAUCUGCGCUCUUGACAUUUACACUCCUGACGAGGAAAACGAUUUUCGUGAUGUAUAUGUAGUCACUGAAUUCGCUGGUCGUAGUCUCUAUCGAAUACUUAAACAACAAAGGGAAUAUGGAAGGCGUGUGCUGACCGAUGAGCAUAUCAAAUUCAUCAUUUAUCAAAUCAUACGUGCCCUAAAGUACAUUCAUUCAGCAAAUAUCAUACAUCGAGAUUUAAAGCCUGGUAAUCUGGCUUUAACGGACGAUUCUGAUCUUAUGAUCCUCGAUUUUGGACUUGCAAGAUCAUUAGAAAAGAAAGACACAACCCUAACACAAUAUGUUCAAACACGAUGGUAUCGUAGUCCAGAAGUCAUUUAUUGGAAAAUUGACAGUUACACAAAUCUCGCAGAUAUGUGGUCUGUUGGUUGUAUUGCUGCUGAACUUCUCACAGGAGACCCGUUGUUCCCAGGAGAUGACGUAAAUGCUCAAUAUCAACGAAUCACCCAAUUAUGUGGAAGUCCGGAUGAAGAACUUUUGACGAAGAUUGAAAACGAUAACUCGUCUGCGAUGAAAGCUGUAAUUCAGUCAUACAAAGUGUUCAAGAGGCGAAACUUCCGUGAAGUUUUUGCUGCCUACAAUCCGUCAGCCGAUUUCAUUGAUUUGAUUGAGAAACUUCUUGUUUUGGAUCCAGAGAAGAGAAUCACAGUAGAGGAAGCUAUUCAGCAUCCGUAUCUUGCAGAGUUCUCCCUCCCAGACGAUGAACCAAGAGCAGAUCAUAUUUUUGAUCUAGACGAUUCCCAGGCCAGAACUCGAUUUGAAUGGAGAGAUGCCGUAUGGAAAGAGAUAAUGAACUACAGGAGGCUCGACUCGUCUCCAUUGAUUCCAGGAGAAGCAGAUCGUUAG